AUGGCUUUGCUGUCUUCACGCAACAUUCCUUGGCGUGAAGCUAUUGAGCGCUACUUCGAAACCAUGAACCCUUGGUUUUCUGUAGUCCAUCCGGAACUUUUUGCUAUUCGCACCGAUAGCCUCAGUUCCGGCUCUGGCUCUGGCUCUGGUGCGGAUCAAGGUCCUCGUGACCCCGCUGUCGCUCUCUUGAUUGUCUGUAUGCAACUCGUCUCUCAGUACGAUGAUGAGGCUGCCGCUGCAAGCACCAACGUCAAUGAGGGUAAGGAUAUGAUCGAGAUGCCUGCCUAUAGGGCUGCCAAGCGCGCUCUGAGUGUCCUUCGUGGUCUUUCUGCUCCUAGCAUCGAGCUUGUGCAGUGUUCUAUCCUGCUUGCACUUUUUGAGUUCGGACAUGGUGAUGUCAUGCGAGCAUAUGUCAGUAUUGGAGAUGCUAAUACUAUGGCUGUCGUUCUACACAUUGGUCCUGGAAAGUAUGUUGAGGCUGAACGGGAGGCCAAUAUACCUUACGAGGAAGAAGAACGUCGCUGCGUCUACUGGAGUCUCUUUGUGCUGGAUCGUCUGAUUCAUGUUGAUUGCUCUCUUAUCCAUAUGCCACUUCAAGUGCCCUCCCCGGACGCAGAUGACUUGUUACCGACGAGUAACUUAAUCUGGCAUGAUCAGAAUCAGUCGCCUACGCGCUCCGUUCAACGACACCCCGCAAGUAUUGCACCUUCAGUGCCUCUCGGGCCGUUCCAGAGAAACUGUCAAUGUGCAAUGCUUUACACGAGAGCAUACUCACCUAAACCAAAAGGGGAUCCAAAUGCUCUGCUGGAAGAGUACGUCGAACUUGAUAUUGCAACUAGGGCCUUGGUAGAGGCCAUGAUCAUGCAGACUUCUCGCUGGGGUGACUUUUAUGAAUGUUUUGCCACGUGCACAUGUCUCCUCCUCUUCCUCUAUUGUCGCCAACUCCGCGCCGCCAAUACUAUAACCUCCGCUGGCCCCUUCUCUCCAACUGCCGACGACAUUGCGCCCAAGGCCAUCGCCGGUCUUAACUUCACCAUUCGUAUUAUUGCUGACACUACCACCGACCUAAACGACCAGCUUGCCCACCGACCUCACCUCCUUGCUCCCUGUUCCCCUGUCACACCUUACUCGGCUUACCACUGCCUCAUGGUAUUAAGUCACCUGGAGCAUUUAAUCCCCGAAGCUGACACACGAUUUCACAACAUCUUUGCGUCAUUACACUUUUUCGCUAAGAGAUGGGGAGUUGCUGCAGACUCUGACGAGACACAAUGGUGCUUCAUGGAUGAUUGA